GCUACCGUGCGCAUCUACCAGUGAUACUCGUUCGUUAAUUAUCUACUUGAUUUCCACUCAUUUAAGUUUAUAGUUACUAAUGAAGCACGAGAUUACUUUAAUUACGUGCCGAAAUACGUAUUUACUUAGUGAGUGGCUACCUAAAUAUGUCUAUACUUAAAUAAGUACUUAUUUAAGUAUGUGACUGUUUAAAUACGUGUUUUAAGUACGUGAAUACUGAAAUUUGUACUUACUGAUGGACUCACCGACUAAAAUAAUAAUCUACGUGACAAGACAAGGAGCAAUACUUGUGUGGAGAAAGAAAUAUGUGGUUUUAAACUUGACAUACAGUAUACACUCCAUACUACAACGAGUCCAAAUAUGGAGAUUAUUUAUAUAUUGAAAGAAGCUAGUACUCGUAGACAGCUGUACUCGAGAACAUUGAUAUAUACAUGUACUCAAGAAAUUUAGUUAAAGGAUUGUAAUGGUGAAAAUUUGCAGUGGAUAACUAACUUCUGAUGUAGUAAGAAAAACAAACAAAUAAGGAAAUCAAUGGAUAAAAACUGGUAGAUUGUGAUUUAAAAUCCUUAAUUCCGUACUAUAAACCCCACACGCGGAUUAAAACACUGAACACAUUAAAACUGAUGUAAAUGACAUUAUUUUCAUUUUUUAAAAGAUCAUGUGAGAGACUAUCUGAGGCAUGAGAUUUUUAACCCCGGAGUGACGUCAAUAUCCCCUGUUUGUCCAUAAAGAGACGGAGGAGAUAGAAGGCAGUGGUGUUAGUGAGAGUUAAACAUCCUUAGUCUAGUUUGGAAAUACAAGAGAGAGAGAGAGAGAGACAAUAGUAGUCGUGUUUUUCCCGUUGGAGAGACUUGAAAGAUCUGUGUUGUUGUGAGAGAUACAAGAGUUAUGACGGAAGACCCAGAGAACACCAAGAGAACUUUGUGUUGUGGGGUGACAGGUCGAUGUCAGGUUGACACCGAAGAUGGAAGGAACGAAGAAGUAAAGACCAGGAUGGAGAACGAAGAUACACAAAACGAAGAGGAUAGCUCAGAAGAAGAAAACAUGGAUGAGGCAAAGGAAGGAGAAAAGAAUGGAAGUGAAAAUGAACCAGAUGAGCAAGGCAAAGAGUAUCAAGAAACAGAAAUGAACAGAAGAGAAGGCUGGAAAGAGAUUAACGUGAGGGACAUUGAGGAAGGAAAGGAUAGGAAAGAAGAAGAGGAACUACCUGGCGAGUCAGAAAAACAAGAAGUCGUCGAGGGACAAGUCAGGCUACGGAAGAACAGCAUCCAGGAGCGACGUAAGUUCAAGGGACCCUCAGGACCCACCCAGGACCUGAGGCUCCCUGUCCAAAGGUCUUUCUCCUCCUCUCGUCUCAGCUUUGACCAGUACUCCGACAGUGGCUCUGAGUCAGCCAAAAGCGACCCUGUACAAUCACCCUCGGGAGGCUCGGGUCGCUCUGGCCCCAGGAGCCCGGCACUGACGAUGCUCAGUCGGGUCUUCAGCUUCCACGGAAUUCGAUCGCCGUUAAAGAAAUCGCCACCUUGUUCCCCUGGGAAGUCGCCAACAUCUGACCCCGGGAAAAGAAAGUCACUCCAUUUGCCGCUACAUCGAAGUCCUUCCUCUCCGACUUUCCGUAACACGAGCCAAACCAACGGCGCCUCAAGAUUCUCCUUCGAGGGAUCCCCAAAGUCCUUAUCUCCAAAGUCAAACACCUCUCCCAAGUCCUUCUUGAACAGGGACUCCCAAAAGAACAAGUCCCCAAGUAGUCCCAAUCGGUUAGGGUCCAUGAUGAGGCAUGGAUCCCAAUUUUAUAUUCCCUCUCCUGGGUCUUCCUCCAAGAACAGUGGCAGUCUCGUCUCUUCGCCUGGCUCACCACCACCGUUGCUCCUGGGCGGUACGGUGGAGAUGAUGGACGGUGCGGGAAUCCUGUACCGUCCCUCUUCGAGCCGAGGCGCUAACCACAACAGGAACCACAGGCGAACCAGGUCUGACACUUUCAGGCUAAUGGAGACGAACCGAGGAGGCAAGGAAGCUGCCAUGAACCCCAGGAAGAGGAGCAGAGAUGACUCAGAAUGUGACACAAUGCCCAACGAAUUAAGGUUUCGGUUGCCAACCGUUCUCGAUCGUCAACAGGUCUCGGUCGUCAACAGGUCUCGGUCACCAACAGGUGUCUGUCGCCAGCAGGUCUUGGUCACCUACAGGUUUCGGUUGCCAACAGGUCUCGGUCGUCAACAGGUCUCGGUCGUCAACAGGUCUCGGUCGCCAACAGGUCUCGGUCGUCAACAGGUCUCGGUCGUCAACAGGUCUCGGUCGCCAACAGGUCUCGGUCGCCAACAGGUCUCGGUCGCCAACAGGUCUCGGUCGUCAACAGGUCUCGGUCUCAUAGAAGCUUUGAUCUCUUGUAGUCAUAAAUCAACAGAAAAAGAAGAAGAAACUGAACCAUUAAAAAGUGAAAAGGAAAAUGGGAGGUUGAGUGAGUGA